AUGGACAACAUCAAGUUCGUGCGAUUCUGUCGCGACCUGGGAAUCAUCGCGCAUGCGGGGGGCGGCGCGGGGCUGCACGUCACGGACGUCGACCUGCUCUUCGUCGCCAUCAAGCCGCGCGGCCGCAAGAAGCUGACGUUCGACAACUUCUGCGACGCCGUCGCCGUCAUGGCCGACAAGCUCGGCGUCACCUCCACCGACCUCAUCCGCCAGGCCAUCGCCAUGGACCUGCCGCAACCCGCGCUGACGUCCGCGACGCGCCACUCCAUGACGCUCUCCCACCACGUCUCCUCGUCGCUCCUCUCGUCGCACCACACCCUCUCCUCCGCGCACUCGCGCCGCCUCUCCCUCCCUCACCCCGCUGCCGGGCACGCUGAUUCCGCGCACGCUGCCUCCGCGCACGCUGGGUACACCCACGCGGCGUCCGCGCACUCUGCGUACACCCACGCGUCCGCGCACGCUGGGCCCGCCUCCCCCGCCGCCCUCGCGCCCCUCUCCGCCCACACGUCCUACUCGCUUAGGGAGGGUCGAGGCGGACGACCCGCUGCUGGUGGCGCUAGUGGUUCCGCUGGGGGGUUCGGGGGAGGGGGGGGUGGCGCGGGGGACAUAGUGCCACCUGGCGACGAUUUCCCCCCGAGGCUGAGGCUCAUCCGCACGAGGUCGCUAGAGGCAGAGGAGCAAUCUCGCGCUGCUGCUGGCGGGUUCGGGGCGUCUCAUGCCACAGGCGCGCGGGCGGCAGGAGGACACGUGGCGGAAGGAGAGGCGUGCCGCCCAGAGCCACUGAGCGAGCUGAGGUCAUCACUGUCGGAUCACAACUCGCAUGAAGGCAGGGCGAUGGGCGGGGCGGAGAAGGGCGGGAGGGGCACGGAGGGAGGGCAACAGGCGGGGAGGGGUGCAGGCGAGCGGAAUGAGAACGCGCAGGGCGGGGAGCCUUUUGCGCAGAGGCAGUCAGUGGCGGGGGGACGGGAUUGGGAGGCGGUGGAGCGGCGCCAUGGGGGGGAGGAGGUGGCUGCGAGAGAGGGUUAUGCGCAGGGGUUGGCCGAUGGUGAUAAUGAUGGUGGUUACAGCAUUGGCGUGGGCUGGACGGAUGGCGCCAUGGGGCGAACGUUGGUGUCCGCUGUUGCAGGGGCAGCUGAGGAGCUGAGGCAGGGCCGCAGGGGGCAGGCAGGAGGGCGAGUGGGAGGGGCGGCAGAGAGCGGAGCAGGCAGAGGCGCGCUGCACCAUGAUGACGAGGAGGGCAGCAGCGCGGAUCGGCGGCUGACAAAUGAGGACCCGGCAGCAGCAGCAGCGGAGGGCGCGGUGGCGAGUCUCAUGUUCUUCGAUGCCUUCCGCUUCUUCUCCCUCCCCCACUUCGCCCGCCACCACUUUGUUCCCCUGGCGCAGUGUGGCAGGCAUCAGCUGCAGGGCCUGCCGCCACCGCGCAUGGACAGCAUUCGCUUCAUCAAGAUGUGCAAGGAGACCGCCAUCCUCGAUGCCCGCUUCACUACCACCAGUGCGGACAUCAUAUUCAGCAAGGUGACACGUGGCAGUGAGCGCAAGCUCUCAGUCUACACGCUGGCCACCGCACUGCGCCUCAUCGAGGCAGAAAAGGGCCUCGCUCCGCCCGCUCUAGAGCGCAUCAUCAUCGCCCACUUCCUCUCCCACUGGUGGGAGGCGGUGAGGGACAGGGGCGGGUGUGUGGGCGGUGGCAGUCGCCCCAGUCCCAGCGGCGGCACUCGAUGUGCGCGAUGA